UAAUUAAAUUAAUCCAAAAAAUUAGAAAAAACAAUUACCCACCACCUCUCGGCGUUGCUUCUCCCACACUCACCCUCUCCCUCUCACUCCCACCAAAACCUAACCCCCAAAUCUAACCCCCACCGCUGUAAUUACAUAUUUAAUUGCAUCGCCUUCCUGCAAUUUGCAGUAAUUUAUCGCCGGAAAUUAAUUCUGUUUGAAAUGGAGCUGGAGCAGCACCGCCCUGCCAUGACCUUUGACGAGGUCUCCAUGGAGCGCAGCAAGAGCUUCGUCAAGGCCCUGCAGGAACUCAAGAACUUGAGGCCUCAGCUUUAUUCUGCUGCGGAAUACUGCGAAAAGUCCUAUCUUCAUAGUGAACAGAAACAAAUGGUAUUGGAUAACCUGAAAGAUUAUGCUGUACGGGCCCUUGUUAAUGCCGUUGAUCACCUUGGCACUGUGGCUUACAAGUUAACUGACCUUCUUGAUCAGCAAACCUCAGAUGUCUCAACCAUGGAUCUGAAAGUUACUUGCCUAAAUCAGAAACUUCUUACAUGCAAAACAUACAUGGAUAAAGAAGGGUCCAGGCAGCAGCAGUUGUUGGCAUUCAUCCCGAGACAUCACAAGCACUACAUUUUACCAAAUUCCGUCAAUAAGAAGGUACAUUUUAGUCCACAUGUUCAGACUGACACUAGGCAACAUCCUUAUCAAGCAAGAGCACAUCUUCAGCCUUCAAGCGCUGCUGCAUCAAAAACUCUUUCUUGGCAUUUAGCUUCAGAAACAAAGUCAACCUUGAAGGGGACUCCACAGGUCCGGACUAGCACUGGAGACACAAAAAUUUCUGUAAACACUGCUGGUGUUUUCCAGCUUGUAGAAAAUGAAGGGAGUACCCCUAAAUCCUCGGCAACGCAGCUUCAGCAACCAAGUGGAUUUCCUGCUGCUGGACACAAGGAAGCGGUAGAUGGUUCCAGACCAAUGACGGCGUUCAGGUCAUUUGAAAACCCAAGACGGGAGAUAGUGCGCGUCCCUGUUCGCAGCAAAAGCGUGCUAUCAGCGUUCUUUGCCAAACAGAAAUCGAAUAAGCUGAAGGCUGGAUCUGUCUCGUGAGGCCUCAUUAUAACAAGUCAAGGAUGCCAAUAUCAGUACACCCACAGUAUGUGGGUCAAUAUGCCUGUAAAUCCGUCCUUUGCAUUUUGAUUUCAAGCUUUUUCCCUUCGUCCUUAGGUUAUCAAUUGCUUGAAAUCAAAUUCUUUUUUCCCGCUCGAAGUCUUUCCCCGGGCUGCUUAAUAACGAGCAAAUUGUGCACAGAAGUCCUGUAAUGAAGUGGUCGGGGAAAUAUGUAGCUGCACAAUGUUGCACAUGAUGAAUAAUUCAGUUUCUGGUAUGUCGCUGAAUUUCAAUGUCGAUGCAUCUUCUGAA